AUGCUUAGUAACCCCAAAAGAACCAGAUUCCGUAAACAACAUAGAGGAAGAAUGAAAGGAAUAUCUUAUCGAGGUAAUCGUAUUUGCUUUGGUAGAUAUGCUCUUCAAGCACUUGAACCCGCUUGGAUCACGUCUAGACAAAUAGAAGCGGGGCGGCGAGCAAUGACACGAAAUGCACGCCGCGGCGGAAAAAUCUGGGUACGUAUAUUUCCAGACAAACCAGUUACAGUAAGACCUACAGAAACACGUAUGGGUUCGGGGAAAGGAUCUCCCGAAUAUUGGGUAGCUGUUGUUAAACCCGGCAGAAUACUUUAUGAAAUGAGCGGAGUGGCAGAAAAUAUAGCCAGAAAGGCUAUUUCAAUAGCGGCAUCAAAAAUGCCUAUACGAACUCAAUUCAUUCUUUCGGUAUAG